AUGAGGCUACACGCUCUUCGACUCACGCUCUGGCUCGCAUUUUCUAUCUCUCUGUCACAUGCUGCGAGGAUAUCAUUCUCAAGACACCAGCGCGGAUCCGGUGAAUCCGCCCUACAGAGGAGAGGCGGGAAAACAUCCUACUCAUAUGCUACUACUAGCUCGAGCAGCGGGGAGAGUGUUGACCUAUCUACUGUCCGUGACCUACUGUACAUUGCGAAUAUCACUAUAGCUGACACUGCGUAUCCUGUCCAAAUCGAUACAGGUUCAUCAGACCUAUGGGUUAAAGGCUCCUCAUUUCCACUAUCAGGCGCUACCACUACAUCGUUAGCAGAUAACAUGACCUAUGGCAUCGGUUGGGCGUAUGGCAACGUCUCUUAUGCUGAAGUGGAAUUUGCAGGGAUUGAGGUCAAAUCCCAAGCAUUCAUGGAUGUCUCCUCCGCGAGUAACCCUGCGCUAGCGUACGGCGCCGUCGGUAUCAUCGGCCUUGGAUUCGACUCUCUGUCCAAUGUCGACGCGCUUGUGAACCGCAGUGGCAGUGACACUGGACGGACUUUCCUCUACAAUGCCUUCGCGCAGGACAAGAGCGAACCGAACUUCAUUUCAUUCUCCCUGCAAGACAUUGACGACACAUACGAUGAUGUGGAGGGAUAUUUCUCAAUAGGAGAGUACGAACCGGAAUAUUCUGCCGUAGCGAACAGUACCACGAUCUCAACAUGGCCCGAGAGCUAUCCCAAGCGAUGGAGCGUCUUGCUCGACUAUCUCCUACUAGGCGCCGAUUCUACCGCAGUCCCUGUCACCACCAGUAUAUCCGGCGCACCCUCCAACAGGGCUGUCGUAGUGCUUGACAGUGGUACAUCUUACACUUAUGUGACCACGGACAUCGCUAAUACGAUCUUUGGCAAUAUCUCUAACGCGAAAUAUGAUGAUAGCCUUGGUCAGUGGGCCUUGCCUUGUGAUUCUGAGGUUGACAUUGCACUACAAUUCGGUGAAGAUAUCUACCCCAUUGACCCACUUGAUAUCACGGUCAAAACUUCCUCUGACUCUUCGCAAUGCCUGGCGACGAUUCUCCCUGACGAUGACAUCGGCGGAGGAGAGUUUGACUGGCUAAUUGGCGACAACAUGCUACGCUCCGUAUACGCGGUCUACGAUUUCGGGGAUUACGACUCGUCCGGCGAUUUAGGAGAUCCUUACAUCAAGCUGCUUUCCCUCGUUAAUGCCGACACGGCGUCUGUGAACUUCCACAAAAUCAGAGGCGGCACCGCGCAGAAUAUCACCUACAACGCAGCUAAUGUCACCGCCGCGACCUCAACAACCGUGUCGCUAUCCAGCGAGCUGGCUGACACCCUGACGAAGCUGGGCACGUACUUGCCUGCGGUACUCGCGCUGAUGGCUUUCAACGCAUUCAUCCUCCUCGCGCUCGUCAUCGCAGGCAUCGUGUAUGUUUGCCGGAGGAAUGGCGGUGGGUUGGCGCGGCCGCGCAGGGUUGCUGGACGCACAAGCCCCAUGCCGAUGAACUCAAUAUCCACGUACGGGCUGAUGAAUCCCGAUCGCGAGUCACACGUGUAUCAGCCUGUCUCGAUGGCCCUCACAGACGACGCGUUCACGCCGCCGUCGCCCGCUUUCUCAAAACCGGGCUUUGAGGUUGACAAGCGGCGUGCCAGCGCGAUCACAAUAGCCGACAGGCCAAUGUCGGUCGCAUAG